CAUCGGGUCGUAUGUGUCGGCAGUCUAUACUUUAUUCUCGGUUCACUUGAAGCCGUACUUCGGAUAUAUAAGCCAAAGAAUGAUCCGACGAAUCAGACCUUAAUGGCUGGCGUUCCGCUGGCAGUAUUGGAUUCAGUCAUCUGUUGGUGGGUUUUCAGUAGUUUAGUGCAAACCACUCGUACAUUACGUCUGCGGCGAAAUGUGAUUAAACUAAAUCUCUACAAACAAUUCACUAAUACAUUGAUAUUUGCCGUUUUGGCGUCGAUUGCGUUUAUGAUAUGGCAAAUACAUAAUCAUAAACUGACACAAUGUUUGACGGAUUGGAAAGAGUUAUGGGUAGACGAGGCCUAUUGGCAUCUCUUAUUCUCAGCUGUUCUGCUGGUGAUCAUGGUGCUCUGGAGACCAACCAAUAAUAAUCAAAGAUACGCUUUUACGCCACUUCUGGACGCCAGUGAAGACGAAGACGAGGACCGCGAGCAGCAGAUUCCUCACGAGGCCUUUGAUGGCAUGAAAAUGAGGGGUCAGAACAAAGCGAAUGGUCAUCACAACUACGAAGAGGUGGAUAAGGAUGGGGUCAUCAGUAAGGAGACGGAGGAUCACCUCAAGUGGAUU